AUGUCCAUCACCCCGGACGUGUUGCAUCAGCUGUACCAGGGGGUGUUCAAACACCUGGUCUCAUGGUGCCAGGAUCUCCUCAGCCCGGAGGAGCUCAACAACCUUUCCCGUUGUCUCCCAGGCGCAUACGGCAUUUGGCACUUUAAGAACGGGAUAUCCUCUCUUGCCCAGGUGUCAGGCAAGGAAAGGAAGGAAAUGGCGUGCAUCCUCCUAGCCUGUCUUGUCGGCAAGAUACCGAAGGCUGUCAUGCUCACCUUCCAGUCGAUUCUUGACUUCAUCUACCUCACGCAGUACCCGACUCAUGAUGACACCACUCUAGGAUAUAUGACCGACACUCUGAAGACGUACCACAAGAACAAAGAUGUCUUGAUCAAGCUUGGAAUCCGGGAACACUUCAAUAUCCCUAAGUUUCACUCGCUGAUGCAUUACGUGGAUUCCAUCCACCAGUUUGGCACCACCGACAACUACAACACUGAGAUGUUCGAACGUCUCCACAUCGACUUCGCCAAAAAGGUGUGGCGCACCUCAAAUCACCAGGACGAGUUCCCCCAAAUGAUGAAAUGGAUCACGUCGCCUCAGCAGCAUCUAACUUGUAUCCAGGAGCGGCACAAUGCUCCUGGUUUCUCCACUGCCUUGACUGCCUUCAUCAAUGAUAUACAGCCAUCCGAACUUCGACUGAACCACCACGACCUCUCUCGAACGUGGCUACCUUUUGAUUGGCUGGAUGUCUACCACAAAGCCCGCUUCAGUCCUUUUGCACUGUCCGAUGGUAAAGAGGAGCAAGAUGUCAUCAAGUCUAUCCCCGGCUCAGCUAUCAAGGGAAGGAUGGCGCGGUUUGACACCGUCAUUGCCCUUGAGAACGGGGAAGCCAAAUCCACAGGGGUUAGAGGUACACGAGCAGCAAGAUUGAAGGUAAUAUUCAGGCUGCCUGAGAAGCUCCCGGCUCGCCAAGGCGGCAGAUGUUCACCCUCAUGGUGGCCCAAAGGACCACUGGCUUAUGUCCAGUGGUACUCGAGAUUUGCAAGUGCCGCUGAUCCCAUCCACCUCAUGUACACUGUAAAUCGACCACCACUACGUUCAGAUGGCCUUCCGCCUGGGCAGAUCAUUCUGCUCUCGCAGAUACGUCAGUUGUGUCAGCUUGUGCCCGCUUUCCCCGACGGGUCCCGAGGUACAGUGCCCCCAAAUUGGACCUCGGAGAACGUGCUAGACGAGGCAAACCGACUCUUACUGAAUAACUGGGCUGGGAUGUACGCUUAUCAGACACUGUGGUAG